GGGUUGAGGGGCAGGAGCGGCACGGCAACUUUAACCGCGCAGGGAGAGGAUCCGGCGCAGCUAGACGAGCUUCGACAUCCCCGGUGUUGAGGUGUUGGUGGCGGCCCGCGUCCCUCGCUCGCCUGCUCGACGCAUCACCUCCCCGCCGGUCCUCGUCAUCAGCAGCCACGAGUCUUCCACGAUGGAGGAGCCCUUAGAGGCCCUCCCCUCCACCCCCAUCCCUCUGUGUUGAUCUCGCCCGCCAUCGAAGCACUUCCAAGAACCUCAAGCUCUUCCAUAUACCCGAUAACUGUAAUGAAGUAAGCGAACUAUAAAGACGAAUUCUAAAAAAGGGGGAAAAUAGGAAAUAUAUUAAUUUAGGAGAAGAAAUAAAAAAAAGGCAGGAGGCGAAACGCCCAGAAGAAGAAGAAGAAGAAGAAGACGAAAAAAAAGAUACAAAACAAAAUCUUGAAGAAGACGAACAGAAAAUAAUCGUGAAGGAAAGAACCCGCCAAAAAGAAGGCACGUUCAUCCGAGCCCAAUUUCCCGGUCGCAGGAGCUGAAGAAGAAAAAAAUAGUCCCGAGGCAAAAUGGCCAACGUGACGCAGCUGAUCCGCCGACAGAGCUCUCGGGACCUGUCGGCCCAGAAGUCCAUAGACCGACUGGAGCUCGAGCUGGAGGCGAGGCUGGUGCCGACGGCGGAGGAGGUGCCUGACUACGGCGCCACCAACCACGCCUUUGAGCCGUCGAGCCCCACGUCCGAGACUACCAAGGUUCCUCCCGCAGAACCCCGGAAGGACUCGGUGCCGUUCGAAGGAGGCGAAGAGCGGGAGUCCUGGGAUAGCAAGCUGCAGUUCCUUCUGGCUACCGUUGGAUACGCUGUAGGACUCGGCAACGUCUGGAGGUUCCCUUACCUGGCGCAGAAGAAUGGAGGAGGCGCGUUCCUGAUCCCCUACUUCGUGAUGCUGACCUUCCUGGGGCUGCCGCUCUUCUACCUGGAGCUGGCGGUGGGUCAGCGCAUCCGGAAGGGGGCACUGGGGGCGUGGCACCAGGUGUCGCACUGCCUGGGGGGUGUAGGCGUGGCUUCGGCCGUCGUGUCCUUCGCCGUGGCACUCUACUACAACACUGUCAUCGCCUGGUGUCUCUACUAUCUCUUCCAGAGCUUCCAGUCGCCGCUGCCGUGGUCGGACUGCCCGCACGCCAUCGGGGUCGUGGACCACAACGCCACCACCAGCCUGGGCCAGGAGUGCGAGCGCGCGGGGCCGACGCAGUUCUUCUGGUACCGGGACGCGUUGGACAUCACGUCUGACGUCAUGCACGUAGGAGACUUCAACUGGAAGAUCGCCGGGUGCAUGGCUAUUGCCUGGCUCCUCAUCUAUGUGUGCAUCAUGAAGGGCAUCGUUGCUUCAGGCAAGGUAGUAUACGUAACGGCCGUGUUCCCGUACCUGGUGUUGUUGGCGUUUCUGGUGCGGGGGCUGACGCUGAGGGGCAUGGCUGACGGCAUCACUCACCUCUUCACGCCUAGGUGGGAGAAACUCGAGGACCCGGUGGUGUGGCUGGAGGCGGGCACGCAGAUCUUCUUCUCCCUCGGCCUCGCCUUCGGGGGCCUCAUCGCCUUCGGAUCCUACAACCCCGUCAACAACAACUGCCUCAGGGACGCCAUUCUCGUCUCCUUCACCAACUGCAUCACCUCGCUCCUGGCCGGCGUCGUGGUCUUCUCCAUCUUGGGCUUCAAGGCCCACGAGACCCACGACCGGUGCAUGGCCGAACGGAACGCCACCACCCUGGCGCUGCUGACGGAGGCUGGCGACGCGGCGGAGAGGAUCGACCUGCAGGAGCUACUUAGGAGGAGGAACAUCACCCUGCCCGUGUGUGACAUACAGGAGGAGCUCCAGAAAUCCGCCGCGGGAACGGGCCUGGCCUUCAUCAUAUUCACGGAGGCCAUCAACCAGUUCCCUCUGCCUCCCCUGUGGGCCAUCCUCUUCUUCCUGAUGCUGUUCACCCUCGGGGCAGACUCCCAGUUCGGCACGUUGGAGGGCGUCAUCUCCUCGCUCAUCGACCUCAAGGUGUUCCCGCAGAUGAGGAAGGAGGCGGUGUCAGGACUGGUGUGCCUCAUCUGCUUCUUCCUGUCCCUCAUGUUCACCCACGGCGCCGGGAACUAUAUCUUCCAGCUGUUUGAUUCCUUCGCUGGCAACAUCCCAUUGCUGGUGAUCGGGCUGUUCGAGUGUUUGGGCAUCAGCUAUAUCUACGGGAUUAAGAAGUUCGCCAGCGACGUGGAACUGAUGUGUGGCUCUCGUCCAUCGCUUUACUGGCUCGUGUGUUGGAAAGUGGUUUCGCCUCUCCUCAUGGUCACCAUCUUGGCGGCCUCACUCAUCAAAAUGGCGACAGAGGGCAGCACCUACUUGGCUUGGGAUUCGAUCUUGGGCGAGAGUGUAAACCUUCAAUGGCCGAGCUGGGCGUGGGGCAUCGCCGCCAUCUUGGUGAUUCUGCCCCUGAUGUGGAUCCCUCUCGUGCCCAUCGCAAACGCCCUUGGAUUCCGCCUGCUGGCCGAGGAGGAGGCGGCCUGGUUCCCGGAGAAGGAGCUGAGGAGCGCCCAGGACAUCACGCCGCAGCGGUUCACGGCACUCGAGCGGGCCCUUCUGUGUCUGUCUGUGUCUACAGAAUCUCUCAAGUCGACGGACGAGGACCAGCCUGUGAAGACCCUGCCCUCCCAGAACUCCCACCAGCCUCUACUCGCACAGGACUCCAAGAAGUCUCAGAGGACCCAGUCGCUCAAGUCCAGCAAAUCUUUGGGCGGAGGAGGAGGAGGGGGCAGGACCAAGCCAGGGGGAGGUGACACGUCCCCCCACUCCUCCCUCAAGGACGGCCACCUGAAGGGCGACGGAGGCAAGCCACUCCCUCGAGGCAGGAGCGAGGACCGGGCCGCGAAGAGGAAGGACAAGGUGGAGAAAAACAACAGGAAUAGCAUGUAGGAAUCUGAGCAAUAACACUGUAAGGUUGUUGGUUACUUUGUUCGCGGUUGAGCCUCAUUCUCUUGGGGUUUUGUGAGUUCGUGAUAAGCACUGGUGUCUGAGCUUCGCUGGCCCCUGAGGUGAUUGAUGUGUGUGACAUUGAUGUGUUUUUCUCCUUGGUUUUGGAUUCCUAGAUGCAGAUAUACCUCCUGUGAGUGUGUGUGUGUGUGUGUGUGUGUGUGUGUGUGUGUCUGUCUGUCUGUGUGUGUGUGUGUGUGUGUGUGUGUGUAUGUGUGUGUGUGUUGCAUGUGCACACGAAUAUCAGUAUAUAGAGACAUUUGUGUGUGCAUAUAGUCUAUGUAUAUUUGUUCAUGCAUAGACAUUUGUCAGAGAGAGACUGAUAGAGAGAGAGAGAGAGAGAGAGAGGGAGGGAGGGAGGGAGAGGAGAUGUAGAGAGUGCCAGCGAGAGAAAGAGAGAAAGAUCACCCCUGUAUGUCUGUUCAAAAUGUUCACUGACCUGUGUCCUUUGUUCCUUGCUGUGGUAUUGAAAUGGAGUAAUCGUUAACCGCAUUUUUAAUUAAGCUGCAUUGAUAGGGUGUGAUAAAAAAAAGGAAGAAUUAAAUGUUGAUAGUCGAUAAUUCCCUGUUCAUUUAUGAUAUUUUAUUGUGGAUAUUUAGAUAUUUAUUUUUCCCCCUUUUCGUCGUCUGAAGAUCCCCAGUGAAGAGCUUGUUCAUGGCAAUACUGAGAAAAAAAAUGUUUUCAUUGAUGUUGUUUGAAUAAGGUUAGAAGCCUAGGAAUAAUACCAUAGCGAAGUCUAUUUUUGUGACGUUGUUGUGCAUGUAGUGCAUAGAGAGAGAAGAAAGAGUGAGAAAGAGAAGAAGACAAAAAAUGUGAAAAUAACCUGUCUUCACACUCUUCUUUCUCAUGUCGUGUACGUCUAUUAUUUGUGGUUAUUCUUUUGUUUUGUCUCUUGUUUGAGGUACCAGUUACCGUGCAAUGGUCCUAAAUAAAGUGUUUUGGAGUGAUUCAAGAGCUUCUUCGGCGUGUGCGUUCUGCUAUGCCAGGCGCGAGGGAAAACAUAUCACUAUUUUGCUACUUGGCCUUCGUUGUUUGUUGACUUCUGUGUAUGCUUUGCCGUCUGUUAUACACGUGUGUGUAUGUGUGA